UCGGGAAAGGUCAUUCUGAUUUGUCUCACAUUUUUAACAUGGCGGUGAAUCUGACAGAGCUUUCUCUUCCUCAGUUGGAGGGACUAAAGACUCAACUUGAGCAGGAGACAGAGUUUUUGACCUCAUCUAUAGGUCAGCUCAAAGUUGUCCAGACUAAAUAUGUAGAAGCUAAGGACAGUUUGAGUGUCCUCAACAAAAACAAUGCAGGAAAAGAAUUGCUGGUGCCCCUCACAAGCUCUAUGUAUGUCCCUGGAACACUUAAUGACGUGGAACAUGUCUUAGUGGAUGUGGGGACAGGAUACUACGUUGAAAAGAAUGUCAAUGACACAAAAGAGUUUUUCAAGCGCAAAAUAGACUUCCUCACCAAGCAGAUAGAGAAGGUUCAGCCGGCUCUGCAGGAGAAACAUGGCAUGAAACAAGCUGUUAUUGAGGUGAUGAAUAUUAAGAUCCAACAGCUUCAGAGUCAACAGGCUUCACAGUUGGGGACCACCAAAGCCUAACCAGGUGAAGAUGGGGCUUACACCAGUCUGCUUGGGUGCUUCAUGAUGGGGGUUUUGAGUUAUUGAAAACAAAUUCUGCAUGAACUGUUAAUGGGUUGAGCUGAGGUAAAAGUGGGCGAAAGACAAGAAUGUACUACAAAUUUGUGUCAACAGUACAAUGGUGAAGGGCAGCCAAGUUAGUGUUUUAACAAAUACUCCUUUAAAAUGUGAGUCAUAUCUGGAUUCAGUUUAAAUUCAGUAGCCAGAUUUCAGAAAUAUAACUGAGAUGUAGGCAUUUAUUUGUGUCCCAGUUAUGUUCUGUGUAGUGAUUUUGAAGCUUGUGUUGCUAUAGCAAUGUUGAAUUUGACUAAAAUAGACUCCUCUUGUCACUCAGAUUAUCAUUUGUGAUGACAUGAAAUCUGCAACAGAUGUUUUGAAUGAAGGGAGAACAUGUUAGUGCCCUCAUAUUACACCGUUUGUGUCUUUCA